AUGGAACACAAGGUGGAUUUCUUGAUGAAACGCUACACAUCAGUAUGCCCAGACGUUCGCUCGCGAGUCAACGCCGCCACCAGCAAAUUGUUUGACGUGACUAGUGACGUGUACGAAUUCACAAGCCUGCACGUCAUCGACAACAUGGGACAAGCGAUCGCUACAGGACCGGGACCAGGACUUCCAGCACCAUUUAGAGCCGCUGCCACAUACUUCAGAAUCGAGCUCAGAUUGGUCCCACGGCUCUGUUCCCUACGAACUGACAUUCGAAUCGACCCAACAAAGUUCCCACCAUCUUCCAACAGAGCUGUAUAG